AUGUUCAGGACCAAACGAUCUGCGCUCGUCCGGCGUCUCUGGAGGAGCCGUGCGCCCGGCGGCGAGGACGAGGAGGAGGGCGCGGGGGGAGGUGGAGGAGGAGGAGGCGGCGAGCUGCGGGGAGAAGGGACGACGGACGGACGGGCACAUGGGGCCGGUGGCGGCGGCGCGGGCAGGGCUGGCUGCUGCCUGGGCAAGGCGGUCCGAGGUGCCAAAGGUCACCAUCCCCACCCCCCAGCCGCGGGCCCCGGCGCGGCCGGGUGCGCCGAGGCGGAUCUGAAGGCGCUCACCCACUCGGUGCUCAAGAAACUGAAGGAGCGGCAGCUGGAGCUGCUGCUCCAGGCCGUGGAGUCCCGCGGCGGGACGCGCACCGCGUGCCUCCUGCUGCCCGGCCGCCUGGACUGCAGGCCGGGCCCGGGGGCGCCCGCCGGCUCGCAGCCCGCCCAGCAGCCGCCCUCGUCCUACUCGCUCCCCCUCCUGCUGUGCAAAGUGUUCAGGUGGCCGGAUCUCAGGCAUUCCUCGGAAGUCAAGAGGCUGUGUUGCUGUGAAUCUUACGGGAAGAUCAACCCCGAGCUGGUGUGCUGCAACCCCCAUCACCUUAGUCGACUCUGCGAACUCGAGUCUCCUCCUCCUCCUUACUCCAGAUACCCGAUGGAUUUUCUCAAACCAACUGCAGACUGUCCAGAUGCUGUGCCUUCCUCCGCUGAAACAGGGGGAACGAAUUAUCUGGCCCCUGGGGGGCUUUCAGAUUCCCAACUUCUCCUGGAGCCUGGGGAUCGGUCACACUGGUGCGUGGUGGCAUACUGGGAGGAGAAGACGCGCGUGGGGCGGCUCUACUGCGUCCAGGAGCCCUCCCUGGACAUCUUCUAUGAUCUACCUCAGGGGAACGGCUUUUGCCUCGGACAGCUCAACUCGGACAACAAGAGCCAGCUGGUGCAGAAAGUGCGGAGCAAGAUCGGCUGCGGCAUCCAGCUCACGCGGGAGGUGGACGGCGUGUGGGUGUACAACCGCAGCAGCUACCCCAUCUUCAUCAAGUCGGCCACACUGGACAACCCGGACUCCAGGACGCUGCUGGUGCACAAGGUGUUCCCCGGCUUCUCCAUCAAGGCCUUCGACUACGAGAAGGCGUACAGCCUGCAGCGGCCCAACGACCAUGAGUUCAUGCAGCAGCCGUGGACCGGCUUCACCGUGCAGAUCAGCUUCGUGAAGGGCUGGGGCCAGUGCUACACCCGCCAGUUCAUCAGCAGCUGUCCGUGCUGGCUGGAGGUCAUCUUCAACAGCCGGUAG